AUGGUGGGAGAAUCAAGAAAAUGGAUGAUACUUGUGGUAACAACAUGGAUUCAGGCAUUUACAGGCACCAACUUCGACUUCUCGUCCUACUCUUCCGAAUUGAAGACGGUUCUUGGGAUAUCUCAGGUGCAACUCAACUACCUUUCUGUGGCCUCAGACAUGGGCAAGGCCUUAGGGUGGUGUUCUGGUGUUUCCCUCAUGUAUUUACCUUUGUGGGUUGUCAUGUUCAUGGCUGCCUUGAUGGGUUUGUUUGGUUACGGCCUCCAAUGGUUUGUCAUCGAAAGAAUGAUCACCCUGCCGUAUGUUCUGGUAUUCUUUUUGUGCUUGUUGGCAGGAUGUAGCAUCUGUUGGUUCAACACAGUCUGCUAUGUAUUAUGUAUUCGGCACUUCCAAGCCAACAGGGCACUUGCAUUGUCCCUAACAAUCAGUUUCAAUGGCGUAAGUGCAGCCCUCUACAGCCUCAUUGCCAAUGCCAUAAACCCUUCUGAUGACAACCUCUACCUCUUCUUGAAUGCACUAGUCCCUCUCUUCAUAUCUGGUGUUGCGCUAGUCCCUCUGCUUCGUCAACCCCCUCCGAUUCAGCCACUUUCUUCUGAGGCUAUUCAUCGUGACUCCAUGGUUUUUCUUUGCCUGUACAUCCUAGCAGUAGUAACUGGCCUAUAUCUCCUCCUCCUCAACUCACUGUCCUCUAAUAUAUCAAAUGCUCGAAUUCUCUUGGUUGGUGCUAUUUUUCUCUUGAUCCUACCUUUGUGUCUGCCUGGCAUUGCAUAUGCUAGGGAAUGGGCUUGUCGGAACAUGCCCUUCAGCUUCCAGAAUGAAAACUCAUCAGACUUCAAUCUGGUCAACCCUGAUGAUCUUGAACUCCAUAAGGAACUGAUUGGUGAAAAUGAAAAUGGUAAUGUGGUGAAUGCUACUUCUUAUGGGCUGAUAGACAAAGAAGGUUGUUUAUGGUGUUUUGGGAAGGUGAUGGAGAAGGACAGAUUGACAGUGCUUGGGGAGGAACACUCCGCUCGGUUGCUUGUACGCCGCUGGGAUUUUUGGUUAUACUAUGCUGCAUAUUUUUGUGGGGGAACUAUUGGAUUGGUCUAUAGCAACAAUCUUGGGCAGAUUUCAGAAUCACUUGGGUAUAGUAGCAUGACCAGUUCUCUUGUCACACUAUAUUCUUCAUGCUCCUUCUUUGGUCGAUUACUAGCAGCUGCCCCAGAUUUCCUGCGAGAUAAGAUAUACUUUGCGAGGACUGGAUGGCUUGCAGUUGCGCUGGUGCCAACACCAAUCGGCUUCCUCCUGCUUACUCUAUCAGGCAGUGAAGCAAUGUUGCGCGCCGGAACAGGCUUGAUAGGGAUAAGCUCUGGCUUUGUGUUUUCUGCAGCGGUGUCUGUAACAUCUGAGCUCUUUGGGCCAAACAGCGCUGGUGUAAACCACAACAUCCUCAUCACCAACAUCCCUAUUGGUUCACUGCUGUACGGCCUUCUUGCAGCUUUGGUGUAUGAUGCAAACGAAGGAAGCUCAGUGAUCCAAGUGAACUUGUUAAAAGAAGCAACAUUGUGCAUGGGUAGGUCAUGCUAUAGGCAGACAUUCAUAUGGUGGAGUUGUAUUUCAGUUGUAGGGUUAGCAUCAAGCAUCUUGCUAUUCCUACGGACCAGAGCUGCUUACAACCGUUUUGAGAGGAACAGAUGUCAAUCAGAGUCCUCCUCUUAG